AAAAGUAUACAUAACAAUUUGAUUUAAUUAUUUUAUGGUAUAAAACCAAAAAAUUGAAAAGAUUUUCUUAUUUGAAAAUAUAAUUUUUUUCAAUUUGUUAUUAAUAACGUAAAUUGUAACAUAUAAUUAACGGUUGUUAUUUAUCGUUUGUAUUCAUGUUAGAGAAAGUAACAGAAAUUUUGCAUUUAAAGUUGUAACGCAUAAUUUCGGUGAUAUAAGACUCAGUACUUCGAAGAUUUUGUUACGUUGAAAAUUAUUAAGAAAUUAUUAUUGGUUGUUUUACAAUGGCUCAUCAAUGUAGCUGUGGUGAUACACACAAUGAUGCAGAAUUAGGAGUAGAAUAUAAUUUAUAUCAAAAAAUUGACAUAAGAAAUGUAGAAUGUUUAAAUGAAUAUGAAGAAAACAGUGGAAUUACAGUAUUCAAAUCAUGGGAAAACAGACUGGAUAAAGAAAACUUCGUUGAAAGUGAUGUAGACGAUGAACUUCUUUUUAACAUUCCUUUUACAGGAAAUAUAAAAUUAAAAGGCCUUAUCAUUAUUGGAGGGGAAAAUAAUCUUCAUCCAAAUAAAGUAAAAUUGUAUAAAAAUAGACCACGUAUGACAUUUGAUGAUUUAAGUAUAGAACCUGAACAAGAGUUUGAAUUAUGUGUAGAUGCAAAUGGAAUACACGAAUAUUCACCUAAGAUAGUUAAAUUCUCAUCAGUACAUCAUUUAAGUUUACACUUUACUGGCAUUGACAGAAGAGAGAGAAUAAAAAUUUAUUAUAUUGGAUUGAAAGGAGAAUGGUUACCUGCGCAUCGUCAUGGUGUUACAAUUUGUAGCUAUGAAUUACAACCUCAAAUGAGUGAUUAUCCAAAAGAAAAUAUUGAAAAUAUUGAUAGAACAAUUAGUUGAUUUUAUAAUAAAAUAUAGAUAGAAGCAUUUUACAUAAAAAACGGAAGUUUAAAGGCCAAUGAAUAAAUAAUAUUGCUACAUCAUUAAUAAGAUAAUAAUAUUAGUAAAACGAAGUUAAUAUGUUUUCGCAAUAAAGAUUGAUAUUUGAUAAAUAUAUUUGGAAACGAAUAAGUCAUAAAUUUCGUAAUAUGUAGACUUGCGAUCAUUCAUUGAUAAAUAUUUUUUUGUAUUAAAUUCGUUUCGUUUAAUUCCUUUCCUUGUAUAAUAAUAAAAAGAAAAAUAA